CUCUGAGAGGAUAGGAAGUAGAUGCGACACUUCCUGUUUAUGGUGUCGGUCUGGGACCUGGGCAGGAAGUCGCGUAGUAUCGCUAAUGGCUCCCCUCUUGGAACAUGAGAAUCAGGUGUUUUUAGAUCUCUUCCACGAGGAUGGGCUUGUCAUCACAGCCCGGGGCCUGGGUAUUGACAGAAUCCUGCAGAACUUCCUCAAGCUCUAUUGUGAUCCGGGGAAUCUCGUCUUGGUGCUGAACACCAACACAGCAGAGGAGGAGUACCUUAUAGACCAACUGAGAUCAGAAGGUGUUACACACCUACCCCGCAUUAUUACUAAUGAGGUUGCCACUGGGGAGAGAUAUGAUGUCUACACACAGGGGGGUGUUCUGUUUGUCACAAGUCGAAUUCUUGUGGUGGAUUUUCUCACUGAUCGGAUCCCUGCAAACCUGAUUACUGGUAUCCUUGUUUAUAAAGCACACAAGAUUAUAGAAUCCUGCCAAGAAGCUUUUAUACUACGCCUCUAUCGCCAGAAGAAUAAGCAGGGCUUCAUCAAAGCCUUCACAGACAAUCCAGUUGCAUUUCACACUGGAUUCUGCCAAGUGGAACGAGUAAUGAGAAACCUGUUUGUUAAAAAGCUGUAUCUAUGGCCACGGUUCCAUGUAUCUGUAAAUUCCUUUUUAGACAAGCAUAAGCCAGAAGUCGUUGAGCUGCACGUCUCCAUGACCCCUGCCAUGCUAGCCAUCCAGUCUUCCAUAUUAGAUAUAAUGAAUGCUUGCUUAAAAGAACUCAAGCGCUACAAUCCAGCACUAGAAGUAGAAGAUUUAUCCUUGGAAAAUGCUAUCGGAAAAGCUUUUGACAAGACUAUUCGUCACUACUUAGAUCCACUGUGGCAUCAGCUUGGAGCAAAGACCAAGUCCUUGGUCCAGGACUUGAAAAUUCUUCGUACGCUAUUACAGUAUCUAUCACAGUAUGACUGUGUGACUUUCCUAAACCUUUUGGAAUCAAUGAAAGCAAGUGAAAAGGCAUUUGGGCAGAAUUCAGGUUGGCUGUUUCUUGACUCAAGCACCUCUAUGUUUGUGCAUGCUCGAGCCAGAGUCUACCAUGUUCCUGACUCCAAGGCAAUUAAGAAGUCAAAACAGUCAGAUUCAAAUGAAAAGCAAGAUGGAAAAAAGGAACUGGUGUUAGAGAAUAACCCAAAAUGGGAAGCAUUAAGUGAAGUCCUAAAAGAGAUUGAACAGGAAAACAAGAACAGUGAGGCUCUGGGAGGGCCAGGUCGAGUGCUAAUUUGUGCCAGUGAUGACCGAACUUGUGCCCAACUUAGGGAAUACAUAGCUGUUGGGGCAGAAGCACUUUUAGAGAGACUUUACAAUAAAACCUUUGGGAAGGAUGAAAAAGCGUCAGAGGUUUGGAUGAAAAGGAGGAAAGCCAUAACGGCUAAAGGUAGUAACAAAAGCAUGAAAACAUCCCUUCCCAAGAAGCCGAAAGAGGGCAAAUCUAAACAGAAAAAAAACAAUACAAAAACAGAACUGACUUUAACACAAAUGAUAGGAAAAGAAGAGGAAGAUGAAGUGGGGAAAGAUGAUGUGGAAAGUGUGAGUCAAGAGAGCAGCUUUGAGGAACCAAAGUAUGAAGACCUCCAGCUGAAUUUGCCUUCAGAUUCCUAUUAUGGCAUUUUGAAAGAGCCACUUACUGUUAUUCACCCUUUGCAAGGUUGUAGUGACUCCUAUGGGCUAACAAGGGUUCUGCAUGAAAUUGAGCCGAGAUAUGUAGUUCUUUAUGAUUCUGAGCUAAGCUUUGUUCGUCAGCUUGAAAUUUACAGAGCAAGCAAACAGAAACCUUUAAGGGUAUACUUCCUUAUCUAUGGAGGUUCCACAGAAGAGCAGCGUUACCUGACAUCUUUGAGGAAGGAAAAGGAGGCCUUUGAGCAGCUAAUUCGAGAGAAAGCCAGCAUGGUGAUUCCUGAGGAGAGAGAUGGGCGAGAUGAUACCAAUCUAGACCUUCAGAGAGAUGUAACAUCCACUUUUGACUCUGCUGACACAAGAAAAGCUGGAGGACAGGUGCAGAAUAACGUGCAACAAACCAUUAUUGUUGAUAUGCGUGAGUUCCGUAGCGAGCUUCCAUCUUUAAUUCAUCGCCGUGGAAUAGAUAUAGAACCAGUUACUUUGGAAGUGGGAGAUUAUAUUUUAACACCUGAUAUAUGUGUUGAGAGAAAAAGUGUAAGUGAUCUGAUUGGCUCUCUAAACAAUGGCAGAUUAUACACUCAAUGUGUUUCUAUGUGCCGUUAUUACAAGAGGCCUGUUCUUCUUAUUGAGUUUGAUCCCAACAAGCCAUUUUCUCUAGUGUCAAAGAACUCCAUUCACCAAGAAAUCUCAGUUAAUGAUAUCACAUCCAAAAUCGCUUUACUCACCCUUCAUUUUCCACGACUGCGUAUCCUUUGGUGCCCUUCCCCCUAUGCCACAGCAGAGCUGUUUGAGGAGCUGAAGCAGAACCGUCCUCAACCUGAUUCUGCAACUGCAAUGGCUAUUACUGCUGAUUCAGAAAGCUUACCAGAGUCUGAGAAGUACAAUCCAGGCCCUCAGGACUUUCUUCUAAAAAUGCCAGGGGUAAAUGCCAAAAAUUGCAGGGCCAUCAUGAAACAUGUAACAAGUAUUGCAGAACUGACAACCCUGUCUCUGGAAAAACUGACAGAAAUUCUAGGAAAUUCUAACAAUGCUAAGCAACUUUAUGAAUUUAUGCGCACCUCAUAUACAGAGGCUGUUUCUCAGGGAAAAGCAAAAAGGUGACGUAUUCAAACAGGAUAAACUAAUUUUAAAUGUAUUAAAUACCUACCUCCUGUAUCUAUCUCCAAAACCAAUUCUUCCGGAUGUGGCUGAAUGGAAUCAAAGUCCUAUCUUGCAAAUGCAAAUGAAUACAGUUCAGAAGGGAAAUCGUGCUUGUGCAGCAUUUUAUGUAAUCACAUGAUCUAAAAGUCAUGUGAUUUUUUUAGGGUUCAAAAUUUGGUUUGGGCAGGCACUAGGAUUUGGACGAAUCCCAAACUCAGUCCAAGAUUUAGUUCAUGCCUAAUUCCUAACCACUCCCCCAUGGUUGUGCGAUCCAUGGUUUUCUUGUUAUGAAUUUUACACAAAAGGAAAAAAACUGAUAGUAGCAGAAAAUUUCCAUUACUAUUAUUUAUUUUGUUGAAUGCACAUUUGAUGACUUUGCAGAAAAGGUUCAAAAACAAGCAGUGGCUAUAUUACCCCAAUUUGUUUCUUUAAAGGGGAUCUAUAGUUAGAAAAAGUGUGCUGGUGCCCCCACUGUAGAAUAAGACAAAGAACCUGAAGGUUAAAUGGGAACCAUCAUUAUUAUAUUAAUACAAUAAGCUUUAUUUUUUUCUAUAUAUGUAAAUAUAUAUUUAUUUAUUUCAAUGAUUGAUUAACCAGUACAUCAAAUUGUUUGUUGCAGGAAAAAUAGUUUAGGUCAUGAAAACAGUCUAAUAAAAAUGUGAUUUAACAACUCUAGGAAUAAUAAAUGCAUUUAUACUUUUAUACUGCACUGAGAGAAUUUAUUAGAAUCCAUACUUAGCUAGAGGAUUGCUAACUGCAGUAGUUUGUUUGUUUUUAACUAGUAGCCUGGUGGCUACUAUUUUAUUAGCCACGAUAAGUAACUGCUACUACUGCCCUGCUACUGCAGGCGACUAAUCUCCCUGCAAUGCCAUCCCACUGGCAAGAAUAUAAAUCGCCAGUGGGAUGGCA